UGAUCAAUAACAGUUUGAUAAAAAAUAAAAUUUGUAAAUAAAAUAGUCUAACGAAAGUCUUGGUUUCGCUUCUAUGCUGUAAUUCAUGGACAUUUUGUAAGUGAUUCAAAAUGGAUCUUGCCAAAUCGUUAUUCAGUUCAAGAGAUCAUGUUGGGUAUGUCGGUCGUGAAGACCACGAACGUAAGAUUAGUGCAGCGCUGAACGAUGAUGACCCUGAAGACGUGAUCGACGCGAUUAGAGGACUAAACAUAGCUGAUGAACUUCUUCCUGCGCCAGGAGGGCCAUUUUCUGCUCUAACGCCUAGUAUGGUGCCCCAAGACAUAAUGGCUAAACUAGCACAACCAGAAUCCGAAGGACACGGAGGUGGACUACCAGACUACAGUUUCGACGAGUUUGGCUUUUGUAUUGAAGAAGAAGAUGGUCCGGAACAAAGCUCAAACAAAUUAUUAGCUAAUGCAUUUGUUGAAGAUGAUCAACAUAGACUGCAAUGGGAGUUUUACAGCAAAGAAAUUAAUUUUACCGAAGGCAGUGGUAAGCUUGAAAAAUCAGAUAAACUACAGAAAAUGGUCAAAGAUGGUGUACCACAUUCACUUAGGCCUCAAGUCUGGAUGCAUUUAUGUGGAGCUAACAAGAAACGAGCGUCAACUGAAAUAACAUAUCAUGAAAUUGUAAGGGCAUCAAGUGAUGAUGGUUUGGUAACUAGCAAACAAAUAGAAAAAGAUUUAGUCCAAAUUCUGCCUAAUAAUGUUUGUUUCUCACAUCCAACUAGCACUGGUGUACCUCGGCUUAGACGCAUCCUCAGAGCCUUAGCAUGGCUCUAUCCAGACAUUGGAUACUGUCAAGGGACAGGAAUGAUUGCAGCAUCACUAUUACUAUUAAUGGAAGAAGAAGAAGCAUUCUGGAUAAUGUGUACAACAGUGGAAGAUCUUUUACCAGCUUCUUAUUAUUCAUCAACACUGAUUGGAAUCCAAGCAGAUCAAAAAGUUUUAAGGAGUCUUAUAUCAAACUAUUUACCAGGCAUCGACCAGGUCCUUAAUGCUCACGACAUUGAACUAUCACUUAUCACAAUGCAUUGGUUUCUAACUUUGUAUGCUAAUGUAGUCCAUAUGAAAAUUUUAUUAAGAAUAUGGGAUCUAUUUUUCUUUGAUGGCUCUAUUGUCUUGUUUAAAGUAACAUUAGCGAUGUUGAAAAUAAAAGAGAAUAGAUUCACAGAAAUCUCCAACUCCGCCCAAAUCUUCAAUGCUCUCUCUGAUAUACCUGGGGAAAUUGAUGAUGUUGAACUUCUAAUAAAAACCAUUGAUGAGGUAUGUGGUGAUACUCUAAGUCCUGCAUUAAUAGAAACACACAGAAGAAGACACUUGGCAUACUUAAUGGCAGAUCAAGGUGCUCUUGUUGGAAAUCCAAAUGUUGUACCAAACUUGCCUAAGCAGCAAUUGCAGAGGCGUCAAAUAAAAAAGAGCAAGUCUGUAAUACAAACUAUUUUGUUUGGGGAAGAUGGUAGUAAUGAAGAUGCUAUUUCUAAGAAUGUGAAGCAAACUGAAAUACUAGUGGACUUGAGAGAAGCAAUACUACAGGUUGCAAGGCACUUCCUAGCUUUAGAACCACAACUGACUUCAGAAGUUCAAAUGACAGCUGAUUACACCAUGCAGAGUCAUGCUGCUGAUAGGGAAAGAUACGUUAAUGUUUCCAGAAGCAAGAGGCGAAGGGCAAAAGCUCUAUUAGACUUUGAGAGAAGAGAUGGUGAUGAAUUAGGAUUCAGAAAAAAUGAUGUUAUUGAAGUUAUAAGUUCAAGAGAUGAACACUGUUGGAUUGGAGAACUAAACGGGUUGAGGGGCUGGUUUCCUGCUAGAUUUGUCAAAUUGCUCGAUGAAAAGGGUGUAAAAUAUAGCAAGGCUGGUGAUGAUUCUGUCACGGAAAAAGCUGCACACUUAGUGAGAGGUGUAUUAGCUCCAGCAUUUAAAAGAGUUCUCUUGCACGGUAUAAAGAGGCCAAGCUUUCUAGAUGGACCAUGUCAUCCGUGGCUAUUCAUUGAAGAAGCCUCUUCUCGCGAAGUUGAAAAAGAUUUUAAUUCAGUUUACAGCCGCUUGGUUCUCUGUAAAACAUAUAGAUUAGAUGAGGAUGGGAAGGUGUUGACUCCUGAAGAGUUAUUAUACAGAUGUGUCCAAGCAAUAAAUUUAUCACAUGACAAUGCUCAUGCUCAGAUGGAUGUGAAAUUGCGCACAUUAAUAUGUAUGGGCUUAAAUGAAGAAGCACUACAUCUGUGGCUUGAAGUAUUGUGUUCUUGUGUUGAUGUCGUUCAAAAAUGGUAUCAUCCAUGGUCAUUUAUAAAUUCCCCUGGAUGGGUACAGAUCAAAUGUGAAUUACGUAUACUUUCUCAGUUUGGUUUCAAUUUGAACCCCGAUUGGGAGCUUCCAUUGAAAAAAGAUACACAAAAUCAGCCACUGAAGGAAGGUGUAAGAGAUAUGCUUGUUAAACACCAUUUAUUCUCAUGGGACUUGUGAACUACAUGAAUUUAUUAUAAUACAAUGAAUGUUGCGUAAUGUAUACAUUCACACAUAGUUUUUCCAGUCUUAUUUUUUUUAACAUGCUACAAUUGUACAUUUUCCGAAAGGUCCUUAUAUCAUAGUACCAUCAAUUUACGAUAGAUGGCGCAGUAUCUACGUAUGUUUGAGUGAACUAAAUAAUCUACAUACGUUUAUCAAAAUCCCAUUGGUAACUGAAGUAGAGUGUGACUGGUUUCACUAGUAGUAAUAAGUAAAAUACUAAUUAAUAAUAAGUUCGAUGAGCCUAAUUUAUUAUACAAUUUAAAAUUCAUUAAAAAAUAACUAUUAUGUAUUCAGCUUCCAUAGUAAAUUAAAUCAUUUUCAGGUAAAACGAAGUAGCACAGUGUGACAUUAACAAAGAAAACCUAUACUGAUCUCAUAACAUUAUUUUUGUUAUUUUACAGAGAGAGUAAAACUAUUUUGUAAACUUAAAAAUGUUUUUUUGUGUUC